AAAUAUCAUUAUUUCACAAUUCACAAAAUUACACAUAUAUACAAUAGUUAAUAUAUAUUAUUAGUAAUCUUCCUUUUACUUACUGUUUAUUCCUAACCUACUUUUUUUUUUUUUUUCUUUAUUACAGAUACUUUAAUAAUCCCAUUAAAAUAUUCUCGUGCUUUCAUGAAAAGCAGUAUUCAGCAGAAUUACUAGAUUUUAUUUUAAAUUAGAUUUUAUUUUAAAUGAUGUUAUGAUCAUCAGUUAUGUUAUGAUCAUGUUAUCAAAAACAGCAGUAAUAUUAAAGAAUAUGAAGAUUUAAAAAUUAUUAGAACACUGCUCGUAUUUUGUUAUACUUCUAACUCGGAAAAAAAAAAUCUUCCGGAUUCUACAAUUCUGAAGUUUUAGUUACAUGCUCCAUUACAUAACGCAUUUGUAAUCUAAGUUUGUUUUAUUUGGUUAUUAAUGCAGUUAUAUGUAAUCAUGUCGAAACAUUUAUCAAUACGUAAUGGAUGUAGUUACCAAAUAAUUUUUUGCCAUCGGUGUUUGUUUACAUCAUGAUAUUAAGGAUUUUCUAUAAACUAAACUUCUCGAAAUUCACAUAAAAAAGUGGAAAACAGCCAAUUAUAGUAACCCAGACAAAUAGUUUGUGACGUAUUGUUGCCACCAGUCACGUGAGACCCGCUAACUUCCGUAAAUCGUCAGCGUUUGUAGUCGCAUAAUUGUAACGGACUUUUAUCAAUCCGCUAAAUUGAAAACUUUGAGUUUCGUAUGCCGACGAUAAUGCUUUGAGUUUUAAAAAAAAUAUCAUAAAAGAUAUGCUUUUAAAAAUAUAAGUUUUUUCCGAGUUUUCAUGUGGAACAUUAAGAUUUAUUCACGAACAAAAAAUUUAUAAGUUGAAAAAUCCUUACAGAACUUUGAAAAAUCUGUUGUUCGAAAAGGUGUAUAUUGAACAUGCAGUGUUUAUUAAGAAUAAAGAGGGAACUGGAAAAGUUUCAAAAUCAACCUCCACCUGGCAUAUCAUGUUGGGCAACUGAAAAUAUCCAGGAACUCAAAGCGAGUGUAAUUGGACCUAGUGGUACACCAUAUGAAGAUGGUAUUUUCCACAUUGAUAUACAAAUACCAGACAGAUAUCCAUUUGUGCCUCCAAACAUGCAUUUCAAAACGCCUAUUUAUCAUCCAAACAUUGACGAUUCAGGAAGAAUAUGUCUUGAUAUACUAAAAAUGCCUCCACAAGGAGCAUGGAAACCUUCUUUAAACUUAUCAAGCACACUGAUAUCUAUCCAGGUGCUUAUGGCAGAACCAAAUUUCAAAGAUCCAUUGAUGACUGAAAUAGCUCAAAUGAACUAUGAAAGUUUUGUUAAACAUGCAAAAGAAUGGACCACGAAACAUGCCAAACAAGAUCAAGUUAAACAGGAACAUAUUUCAAGUAUUUCGUGUGGAAAAACUGGUGAAUCUGAUUCUAAAAGAAGAAAAUUAAUAUGAUUUUUUUUAUAAAUAUUUUUUACAGUAUGUUUUCUGCACUUUGAAUGUAUAAAUUGUAAUUAAUAGAGUUUUUUGAAAAUUGUAUUUAGAACUGUACAUAAUUUUAUAUAAUUUUUAAUAAAUAUUUAUGCAAUGACACAUGCUGGUCAGAUAUCUAGUAAAUUUAACUAUUCAUUGUAUAAGUCUGAAUGCAAAAGAUUAACCAUUUAAAACAUUUCAAUUUUUUUGGUAACAUACUUUAUUUGUUUCUCAGAAAUGAAGAGGUUUGAUGCAAAACCAGUAUCAGUUUCUUGUAUUUUAGUUAGAUGAUUUUUCUAUAUAUCUGUUGAAAAAAAAUGCAGGGGGAAGAAACUUGAUUACUUAAUUGCAUGACAGGAAUGUAGUCCUUUGUAAGGUAUAUGUAAAUAUCCAAGCAUAAAUUAUGUAGAAUUUAUGUUUAAAUUUUUUAAUUCAUUUGAAUUAGUAUGUAUAUGUAAAUCUAAGAACCAAAUUUCUUUUAUGUCAAAUUUCCAUGUUCGGGAUAAACAUUAAUAAAGUUCCAUAGAGAAAAUGAAUAAAUGAAUACCAUAUUGAGGAAUUUAAACAAAUGAGAAAAAUGAGUCUUCUGCUUAAUUUAAUAUUGGAGUUGUGAAUUUCUUGAUUGAGUAAAUGUGCUUAUGUUUUCAUC